CACGGAUGUGUUUAUCUGCACGAGCCCCAUCAAGAUGUACAAGUACUGUCCCUACGAGAAGUACGCCUGGGUGGAGAAGCACCUGGGGCCCGAUUUCCUGGACCAGAUCGUGCUGACCCGAGACAAGACCGUGGUGUCCGCCGACCUGCUCAUAGAUGACCGGGUGGAUAUCACGGGGGCCGAGCCCAACCCCAGCUGGGAACACGUGCUCUUCACGGCCUGUCAUAACCAGCAUGUGCAGCUGCAGCCGCCGCGCCGCCGGCUGCACUCGUGGGCGGACGACUGGAAGGCCAUCCUGGACAGCAAGCGGCCCCGCUGAGCGCGCAGUGGAGCUGGGGGCCGGGGUGCCCUCGUCCCGCUGCACGGCCCCUCGCUUCUCCAGCCCUGCCAGGCCUUAACCUGUUCUCAAGGCAGCUCUGAAGGACCCCCUGGGGGACCAAGACGAGGGCUCCCGGGCAGUGGGGGCGCCCCCGGGCGGCGCUGAGGCCGGCAGUCCUCACCCACCCCGCCGUGGGUCUGCACCUGUCGGCACCCAUCCGCAAGGAGUGCCAGGAACGCGAUGGGAGAGCGCGGACACGAGCCCGCCGCCUCGCCCGCGGCACCCCUGCGCCCGCCCGGCCUCCGCCAGUGACUGUCCGUCCGCUCAGCAGGUCCCCGUGGCCGCCAGCUCUGUGCUCCGGCCCGCGGGCCACACUCAGGGCUCAGCAGUCAGCAGGCUCCGAUGUUUGUUGAAUGCAUGACAAAUAAAUGCUGUUCUGUUGUCGAA